CUUGUUAACUAGUAACAAAUAUUCAGCACAAUUUAUAAAACCCUAGCUCCCCAACAGUGGGGAUUUAUCAGAAUUUUGUCAAUGAUUUGUUUAAUUUAAUUGCUUGAUUGCAAUUUCUUUGUUGGUGAUUCUUGAAGAAGAAGAUGAUGGAGGAGGCUAGUACUUGUGAACGUGAUCAAAGCUUAAAGAAGGAAGCUCCUCAAUUAGCUGCAUUACUGAAAGAAAUGAAAGAUGGGUUGGAUACAGUGAGGAAUAAAGUGCAGGCUUUAACAGCUAAGGUGAAAGCAAAUAAUUUUCCAACAGCAGAUGGGAUAAGCUAUCUUGAGGCCAAACACUUAUUGCUCCUAAACUAUUGCCAGUCGCUUGUAUAUUACUUGCUCCGCAAAGCUAAAGGCUUAUCAAUUGAGAAUCAUCCUGUAGUUUCGAGCCUUAUAGAGACUAGGUUGUUUUUGGAGAAGAUCCGGCCAAUAGAUAAAAAAAUGGAAUACCAAAUUCAAAAGCUCACCAGGGAUAGCGAGCGUGCAGCAGAACAACUAAGUCUGAAGGAAAAGGAAUUAGAGGCAUCCGAGAAAUCGGAGGAUCUGUUAAAAUAUCGUCCAAACCCUGAAAUGCUGGUUGGCAAAUCUGAUAUGAUGCCUGAGAAUGGCAGUGGUGUGUAUAGACCACCCAAAAUUGCCCCCACAAUGAUGGAAGAGGAUAAGAUGUCAAAACAAGAAAGAAAUGCCUUGAGAAGAGAGAAAAAUAUUCAACGCCACGCUAAACAGGGUUAUAUAAAAGAAAUGAUAGAUGAUAUGGAAGGGAGACCUGAAGAGGCUAGAGAAACUUUUGGAAAUGAGAGUAGGGAAUUCAUUAGAUAUCAGCAGCAAUGGGAAGAGCGUGCACAGCGAGAAGAGGAACUCUUUACUCGUGCUCCUAUUACGAAGAUGGAGAAGAAGAAAGAGAAAAACUUAAAGAAGUCGAGAGAUGGGUUGUUUGAUUUGACUGAUGGUUUCUUUGAUGAAAUCAAAACCUUACCCUUGGAAGUUAAUAAUGAUCAAGUGACAAGCUUUGAUAAUGGCAGUUCAAGAGGGAAACUAAAGAAACGGAAGAGGCGACAUUAGGGAACACAACUGAGAUCUUCAAAUGCACAAGUGGCAGAAUCAGAAGUUGCAUUUCAGUCUGUUAAAGCUGUUUCAUAUAGGAAGGAAUUCGAGGUUUAAUAUUGAUGAUGUGCAGUGAUAGUGUUGUCAACUUGGGAGGUCAUUUUAAUUGCACUUCAAUUUUGCGGAUUACUCUCAUACUUCUGUCCAAAUCAUCGAUUGAAGUAUUGUGAUGUCACGAAACGUCAUUAAAAUCAUUUUAAAUUGUCCAGGUUUGGAUGCAAUGAAUCAUUCCACACUAAAGUAUAGCCAGUUA